ACAAAUGAAUCCUCACCAUCAUCAUCACCAAGCGUCUUAUGGCGGCGGCGGCGGGGGAUACCCUGGUCAGGCCUACCGCCAACAACAACCACCUCCCAGCAAUCCUUACCCCUACGGUCAGCCGCCGCACCAACAGUAUUCGGGAUCGCAACCGCCCCAGGGCGGCUAUAAUGGUGGUUAUGGUGCUCCCCAAUAUGGUGGUCAGCAGGGAUACUCCAACUCUUACAACCAAAGCAGCCAGGGCAACGGACCUCCUCCUCCGCCAAGUGAACCGGUGUCUUUCGGUCAGGGCGCGCCGCAAGGCUACAGCUUCCAGUAUUCUCGUUGCACGGGCAAGAGAAAGGCUUUAUUGAUUGGAAUCAACUAUUUCAACCAGAAAGGUCAACUCCGAGGAUGUAUCAACGAUGUCAAGAAUAUGUCAACAUACCUGAAUCAGAACUUUGGCUAUGCUCGUGAGGACAUGGUUCUGUUGACGGAUGACCAGCAAAACCCUAUGAGCCAACCCACCAAAGCCAACAUCCUCCGGGCUAUGCACUGGCUGGUAAAGGAUGCGCAACCUAACGACUCUCUGUUCUUUCACUACUCUGGCCACGGCGGUCAGACCCCUGAUUUGGACGGCGACGAGGACGACGGAUACGAUGAGGUGAUCUACCCGGUCGACUUCCGCGCCGCGGGACAUAUUGUCGAUGACGAGAUGCACCGCAUCAUGGUCAAACCACUUCAGCCCGGAGUGCGGCUCACAGCGAUCUUCGAUUCGUGCCAUUCUGGAUCUGCCCUGGAUCUGCCUUACAUCUACUCGACCCAAGGCAUUCUCAAGGAGCCCAACUUGGCCAAGGAGGCGGGUCAAGGUCUGCUGGGCGUGGUCUCGGCAUACGCGCGGGGCGAUAUGAGCAGCAUGAUGUCAACGGCAGUGGGAUUCCUGAAGAAGGCGACCAAGGGAGACGAGGCGUACGAGCGUACCAAACAGACCAAGACAAGCCCGGCAGACGUGAUCAUGUGGUCGGGCAGCAAAGACGAUCAGACCAGCCAGGACGCACAGAUUGCUGGACAGGCCACGGGAGCCAUGUCGUGGGCAUUCAUCAGCGCGCUCCGCAAGAACCCACAGCAGAGCUACGUACAGCUGUUGAACAGCAUCCGCGACGAGUUGGCUACCAAGUACUCGCAGAAGCCGCAGCUGAGCAGCAGUCAUCCCUUGGGUAAGCAGUGUCCUGUUGUUCCGGUAUAAUGUAUGAAGUAGGAAGCGGUUCUGACGGAAUAUAGAUGUGAAUUUGCGGUAUGUCAUGUAAAUAGGCGUUUGUGGGCUUUUCGGGUCGAGCCAUGGGGUGAGAAUUAUCGGUGCCUUUCAUACUUAAUAAUAACUAUGGGC